AUGAAUUUCCGUGAUGGACCUCUCAAAAAUCUUCAAAAUCAAUUUAAUGAGGUUGAUAAAAUUGCAACAAAAAUUAAUGGCCUUAAUAAGCAGAAAGAUGAAAAAAGUAAGGCGCCUGGAAAGGCGCCGCCCGGCAGUGAUACUGAGAUUGAGAGGCUUACAAAGGAAAUUGAGCAAAAAAAUCAGGAGCUUGAAAAGCAAAAGGAGAGCCGUGAAAGGCAAAUUAAUGCGCUUAAAAAUGCUUUAAGUGUGCCUAAAAGCAAAAUUGAGUCUGAGAUCUCCAACCGUCAAAAGAGUGUUGCUGAGCUUGAUAGGCAAAUUGAAGCAGAGCGUAAAAGGCAAAUUGAUGAUUUUCAAAAACAGGGAUAUGAUGCUGAAAAAGCAAAAAAAUAUGUCUCCAUUCCCUAUCAUCUUUCCAAUUCUCUUGAAACUGAGCAGGCUAAAUUGAUGUCUCAUGAGGCUUCGUUGGAGUCUCUUGAAAGUCUUGGAAUGCUUAUUACAUUUCAUCAGAGUGUUCAAACUCCUCAAAGUGGAGAAUGUGAAAACAUUUUAGAUAAAUUGUGUACAGGUCUCCAAACAUUUUUAGGGUACAAUGAAACUUCCAAAGGCUACGAUGGCACUGGCAUCGUGUACUCGGACCUUGACAGGCUCUGCGACGGGGUGAUGUCUUUCCUUCAUGGAGUUCUUGAGAGUGUUAAGGAUGAUCCAAGCGUUUCCACAUAUAGCUUUAUAUCACAAAAAGACCUUAAUAAAAUUUUAGAACAUAUGCAUCGUGGUGAUUAUGGUUUUCGUGUUUGCAUAGAUCAUGUGAAUCGUGUGCUUCAUGACUAUGAUGAUGAACUUAAUAAGCGCACAAAAAAUGUAAAUAAAUCACUUAGCGAACUUAGUGAUCACUUAGGUAAUAAAUAUGUCACACAAGUAAAUGAGAAGAUUAGUGCUUCACUCACCGACCAGUUGACUGCUUGGCGGUCGACGGUCGAAAGCCUCGAAACUGAGGUCAAUAAUAUUCUAACUGAUAACAUUAAUGUGUUAGAUAUUUCACUUAAAAGUAGUGUAUUGCAUGAAUUCAUGCCUGUGAAAAGUGUGGUAGAGCAUAUGAGAAGUGUCGCCUUCGAUGGGCAGAUGGAGACGCAGGUGAGGCGUGUCGAUGAGCACUUGCUGGCGCAGAGAACAUUGAUUCUAAAUAACACAAACGAGCAGUGUUGCGUACUUCAGACAAAAUUAAAAGAUAAAUUUGAUAAUGUUCUGGAACACAUUCGUGGUCUUAGGCAGAGUAAAAAAUGGCAUUUCCAUAUUAUGGAGAGUACAUUGAAGAAAUUUCAACGGUUCGUUGAUGAAAAAUAUAACAACGACUACAGAAACAAAAUUUGGAGCCAUUUCAACGAAAUACAAAAUAAAGUCAAUGAUGCCUACGAUGCAUUAACCACCAAGAGACUGCAACUUGUGCAUCUAGUUACACAAGCUCAAGAGGAAUUUUUAAUUUUGAAAACAAAUACACAGGAGAGUGUGUCAAAAAGUACAGAUGAUCCCAGCAUACAACAUAAUUGGGCAGCGCUAAAAAGCCAAAUAGCAUGGGAUGUCGGUCAAAUCGUCAACGACAACCAAACAUCCGGCCACCUUGACGCCAUCGUAAAGGCAAUCGAAGGGUAUGCUAAGAAGUUCAAUAAACAUGGGAUGUUUGGGACCCAAAUCGUUGCAGGGUGGUUAAAUGGAAUCUUCGACAAGGAGCCGGUUAAGGGAUUAGUUGCAACCUAUAUUGGGAGUAGUCUCAGGAAUAAUGUGGUUGCGGUAGAAAAGCUAAAAUUCAUAGUAACUGCAUGGAUAAAAACAAUGGCAGGUCACGUCACGACGUCACCCACAUUUAAUGAAACCGUUGAAGAUCAUCUCCGAAAUAUCCAGAAGUUUUUCAGUGAGUUCGCCAAAAAAGUUGAUCCAGAUAAACCUGGUGAGAUGGUGGAGUACGUGCAUUUGCAGUUCCAGCAGACUCUGCGUGGCCGUCCACUCCCUAACAGCCAAACGGAACUCGAACCCGCAGUGAAAGCAAUUCUGACCGCCGUCCACUGUGCGGCUCUGCAAGUUGGCGAGGAACUAAAAUCUUUCACCUCUGACACCAUCAGCAAGUAUGACCUCGGUAUUAAACUAAAAGCGGCUAUAGCAGAGGUCGAUAAAAUUAAGCAGCAAAUUGACAGCAAGAAGGCGUCAGAGUACAACAAUGGCGUCGGCAAAAAAAUUGAUGACGCAUUGUUAACCGUUCAGAGUAAGAUUAAAUCACUUGAUAGAUAUUUAGUUAAUGAAAGUGGCGAUGAGUCAAUUCGCAAGGGUAUUGGAGAUAUUAAGACAGAUGUUCUUGAUAAGCUUGAUAAGCUGCAGAAUGUGAAAGACGAGACAAAUAGCAUUGAAAGUAGGAAGACUAAGGCCGAUGAGCUUAUGAACAGUUUGAAAAAUGAAAUUCAAAACAAGCUUAUCGAGUUCGAAUUAAAUCUCACUUCUGCAGACGAUGCGUUGACCAAGACCAUUGAUUCUGUCUAUAGCGCUGCGGUUAAGGCUGAAGAGGAUAUCAAGCUCACCGUACAACAACUCAACAAAACGCUUCUCGAAACCACCGAAUACGCCUUCAAAAGGGUGACUGAUGAAGUCCAGAAGCUUUUUGCCGAAGGACACAAAUCCCACCUGACUGCCUUGAUAUCGUUGGUUGACACCAAAAUUCCCAAAGUGAAAACGAUAAUCGACGACGAUUUGAACACCGGCCUCAAAGGCCUCCUCAAGACUCUGAAAGAAAAUCAUGAGAGGCUGCAAGACAUGGCAACGAAACAUAAAUUUGAAAAUCGCGCAUCCAUUUUUAGAGCCUAUUUGGAGCCUAUUUUCAAUUUCACUCUUUUCGACCUCCCCAAACAUCUCCCCAACUCCCAAUACUCCCCCCAACUCCAGUCCAUCCACUCCGCUCUGACCACCCUCCUCUCCCACCUGUCCGAGCAAAAACACUUCACCCACCAGGUCCCCGGAAUGCUCGCGGAACUCAAGACAUCCGUCCAAGCACUCCACUCCACAAACUUCGCCAAUCCCGCCGUGUUUUCCAUCCUGAACACAAAUUUGAGUGAGUUGAGAAAGAGGUGCAAGGUGGAUUGGAGAGGUGAUCAAAUUAAUGAAUUCACGGAGCUUGGGACAUUCUUCUCCGAUAAUGGUUUCGUAGUGUCCGACAAUAAUAAACAGAACGGCGAGUUGCAAAACAAAGAAGGGAUGAACGGAACAAAAGUCGUCGGAUGCCUUGUCGGUGAUUAUCCUCGUGUUUUCCCUUCUGUUGAAAACACUAGGCAUGCGAUUAAUACGAUUGUCGACUCUCUCCCUGCCUACUACCAAGUCGGUCACAUCUCCACAUUCUCCGCUAAUAAGCUACCAUGUUCAGUCUACGAAAUGCUCGCAUGGUGCUCCGGUUUACGCCAUAACGGUGCGUACGAUGCGCUUAAGCAGCACAUAAAAACAGCAGUCAAGACGAAGGAUGCGCAAUCUGGUAAUGAGUUACCUUACACGGAUGCGUUCCCAAGAGCAUUCGGCGCUCAACAUCUGGAAAAUGUCAUCGAACAUAUCACAUUGCAAUCCGCUUCCGUCCUAACCAGUAUAGUAGGCCACGGCAACGCUUCUACCACCUACUCCUGUGACUACUUCAACAACUCCUUUACAUUUAAAUAUCCCUCUAGCGGUUCAGAAUGCUUAGAUUUACUCAUUGACAUCCUUAAAAAUUGUUCCCGCCACUGA